AAUCCGGCUGGCCCCAUGUUACUGAGCGGAGCUCCUCCGGCGGGCUCCGGCCCCGGGCCGCGGGCGCAGGGGAGCGCGGGGGGCGGCCCAGGGGGAUCGCGCCGGGGUACCGGGGGUGCGGGAGCCGGCCCAGGAGGGGGCAGCAGUGGCGGAGUGGCCAAGUGGCUCCGGGAGCACCUGGGCUUCCGCGGGGGGGGCGGCGGCGGAGGUGGGGGCAAGCCGGCACCCCCUGAGCCAGACUACCGCCACCCUGCACCCUCCCCGGCCGCGCCCCCUGCGCCACCCCCGGACAUCCUAGCUGCCUACCGGUUGCAGAGGGAGCGCGACUUCGAAGACCCCUACUCCGGGGGGUCGUCCGGCUCCGUUGCCCUAGCUACCCCUGCUGUCCCCGGUCCCACGCCGCCCCCACGCCACGGCUCGCCCCCCCACCGCCUUAUUCGGGUCGAGACCCCUGGCCCCCCAGCGCCCCCUCCUGAGGAGCGGAUCUCUGGACCUCCGGCUAGCAGCGACAGGUUGGCAAUCCUAGAAGACUAUGCGGACCCGUUCGAUGUUCAGGAGACUGGUGAAGGCCCAGCAGGAGCUUCAGGAGCCCCAGAGAAGGUCCCCGAAAAUGAUGGUUACAUGGAGCCCUAUGAGGCACAAAAGAUGAUGGCCGAGAUCCGGGGCUCCAAGGAGCCAGCAGCUCAGCCCCUGCCUCUGUACGACACACCCUAUGAGCCAGAGGAGGAGGGGGCCACCCCGGAGGGUGAGGGGGCCCCCUGGCCCCGGGAGUCCCGCCUGCCCGAGGAUGACGAGAGGCCCCCUGAGGAGUAUGACCAGCCCUGGGAGUGGAAGAAGGAGAGGAUUUCCAAAGCCUUCGCAGCUGGUACCACGGGGCCAUCAGUCGAACAGAUGCCGAGAACCUGCUCCGGCUGUGCAAAGAGGCCAGCUACCUGGUGCGCAACAGUGAGACCAGCAAAAAUGACUUCUCCUUGUCCCUCAAGUGAGUGGGGGCGGCCCAGCUGCUGGCUUUAGGCAGGAUGAGAAUAUCAGGAUGGCACCAAGGGGAACUGGUGGGAGGACAACCAGCAGGACAGGAGGAGACUCCAAUAUUACCCCCAAGUCCAGCCAAGCUGGGGAGAAUCCCAACCCCCGUGAACAUUUGCCGACUGGGUCAGGCCUGGGGAUCAGGAGAGGUCUGAGGCUCAGUGCCUGCUCUCCGGGAGCUCAGUCUAUUGGAAGAAACAGUCGAGCUACAGCAUCCAGCUCAGAAGGAUUCUGUCACUCACUAGCUAUGUGGCCUGGGGCCCCCAUAACCUCUCUGGGCCUCAGUUUCCUUACUUACAAAAUGGGGGAGUAAUGAUAUCUACCUUAUAGGGAAGGACUAAAUGAAAUAAUGUAUGGGAAGCACCUAGUAUGGUGCUAAGUGCUCAAUAAAUUAUCACCAUCCUUAUUAUUAAAGAAAGUCUGAGAUGUUCUAGAAGCACAGGCAAGGAGAUGGGAACUUUGCCCGAGGGAGUCUACAGGGUAAGAUGGACGCUGGGUCCUGGGAGGAGGGUGGAGCAGUGGACACAAAGCUAUUCUUGUUCAUCCUGAAGAAGCGGGCAGGAGGUCUGGGUGCUAGUGGCUGACAACUGAGCUUAAAGGGUCAUGGAAGAGGAAGGGGAGGCAGGGCCCUCGCCUCCCAUCAGCAGUCCUCCCCGGGAGCAGAUAUCCAUAGUGCAGCAUCAGCCUUGCUCACUCUCCUGGCAGGAUGGCCAGUCCUCUCCUUGGCGCCCGGGAGUUCUGUCUGCACCCCGGGUAGCAGCCUGUCAGAGUGGUAUGUCCAUUCACAUCCCCCCAUCACUCCUGGGGCAGCUGUACCACUUCCUACCACAUUUUCUGGGGCAUUACAGUGCAGGUAUACCCCUACUUCAAAUCCAAUAUAUGGACAUUUGGGACUAAACAGGUACAUAUGAGGCUAAUUAUUCAACUUCACUGAAAGUUAAUAGGAAAACGCCAGACUCUAGUCAGAUGAACGGAGUUUUAUUCUUGGGUUUAAUCAAACUAGCUAUGUGGCCCUAGGCAAAUCACUUAACCUCCCUGGGCCUCAGUUUCUCCCUUUGCAGCAUGUGUUGAUGGAUGCCUCUUCUGCCAGCUCUCUGGGAGUCUGAGAAUUAUCAUAAAAUCAAAGGAGCAUUUAGGAAGAAUUCAUUUGUCAAAAAUUUGAUUUCUGUAACUUCAGGAAUGUAUGUUGCUUUAAAAAUUCUAGUUAAGAUUCUUAGAGCAUCUACAAUGUGACAAGCAGCAUACAUACCAUCUCCAAACGAGCUACUAUCCUGCAAGAUCAAUCUCUUUUUUUAUAGACAGAAAAUAGAUUCAAAGAGAUACAUGACUUGCUUAAGCCUACCAGCUAAUAAAGAGCCAAAAGCAGGAUUUGAACCCAGCUCAGUCUGACUCCGAGAAUCACACUGUUCUAUUGCGUAGUUCCACCCUUCUUCAAGCCUGCUGUGGUGUAAGGCAAAGGCAGACGUCAGGGGUCUGGCUCCCUCAGCAGAGGAGGGCUCCUGGGCCCUGCCUUAGCCUGGGGAGUCGAAUCAGGAGGCAGGCCUGGACUCUGCUCCAGCCCAGGCUGAUCCAGCCCCGCCAGCGUCUGUCUGCCAGGGCCUCAUUUGCAUAUAAAUGGCUUCUCUGAAAUACAA